AUGUGCGGUGUUGACACAAAUGCGGGGGCAAAGGAGCGCAACGACGAUCGCAUUGCCGCGCAGGACUUGCACGAGUUGGGCUUCCUAACUGGCAUUUUCGAUGGCCACAGAGGCGGAUCCUGCGCUGAGUUUGCGGCCAAGCAAGUACCCCCGAAUGUGCUUUCGGCAUAUCGGGCACGCGCCAAACGCGAAGGUAGCCUCGUGAAGCUUUCUGCUGAGAAAGAGGCUUCUUUGAUUGCAGAAGCCUUGGCGGAGAGCUUCGAGGUCACAGACAAGGCUGGGUGCCGUUUUUGGGGGGACCCG